AUGAGCAGCGACCAAGGCAACAGCCGCAAAAAACCUCCCACCAACAUGCCCACAAAGUCAGACAAUCGCAAAACUCCCUUACUAGGCAGCGACGACCUGGUACCUUUCGAUCAUGUCGCUGCGGGACACGAAGGUGUCCGCCGGACUCUCUCGGGGUCAUUAAUCGUCAAGCCUUGCACAAGACAAGAAGUCGAGUUCUACGAAUCCAGCGCCCUCCACCCUUCCUUCCAAGAAUUCAUGCCCCUUUUCGUCGGCUCGCUGUCCUCAGCUAGCCAUCAGCAACCGCUUGCGAUCGCUGCGGCCCAACAGUCCGGUGCCGUCUUCCUACCUGCACUCGGAAACGCCCCGACGGAUCCUGCUGAGCCCGCGACACCUGCUUUGCCCGCUCUUGCUGCUUCCACUGUUGCCGCUGCUGCGGCGGCUGGCACGGCUGUUCCACUCGAAGGAACAACUGGUGCUGGAAUUUUGUCAGAGGAGCCGUGGAUCCCUUCCGAGGGCAAAAAAUUGGAGACUGGUAUUUCGGUCGUGCUGGAAAAUGUCGCAGCAGGGUUCCGCCGACCGAAUGUGUUGGACGUUAAGCUUGGAGCACGGUUAUGGGCUGAUGACGCGCCGCCUGCGAAGCGCACGAAGCUAGAUGCAGUGUCCAAGGAGACCACGAGCUCGAGCUUGGGAUUUCGGAUCGCGGGGAUGAAGGUCUGGACGGGCGAGGAUGGGGAGGCAGAUGAAGGCGCUCGGACCAACCCGUACGCUACAAAAUACGAAGGUGCUGAGGGUGAGAAGGGUGAAGUCGUGGAGAAAAAUGGAUACCGACGUUAUGACAAGUGGUAUGGACGAUCUUUCAAUGAAGGGAAUGUCAAGGAAGCGUUCGAGACAUUCCUGGCGGGUGCUAAAGCUGGCACAGUGGAUCGGUCGAAAAUGAUCGCGGGGCGACUUGUGGAGGAAUUAAGAAAUGUUCAACAGGUGCUUGAGUCCGAAGAGAGUCGCAUGUAUUCUUCCAGUGUGCUGGUGGUAUACGAAGCAGAUCCGGAAGCGAUGGAGGUUGCACUGGAAGAAGAGAGGAGACUCUCUGAACAACAACCUCAAGAAGAGGAAGAGGAAGAUGAUGAGGAUGUUCAUUUCGAUUUCUCCGAAGAAGCAUUUGAACUGGUGGAUGUGCAGCUUGGCAGUGGAAUGCCUCAAAAGGUGAUCAACAUCAGCAUCGACCCUCAGACAGCUCCAAUGCCGGAACUAGACUUGGGCGAUGAUGAUGACGAUGAAGACACGCCCAAGGUUCAUGACCUGCGAGUGAUCGACUUCGCGCAUGCGAAAUGGACUCCUGGUGAAGGCCCUGACGAGAACAUACUGCAAGGAAUUCGUAGCCUGAUCAAGAUACUGGAUGACCUUACCGAUUGA